CAGCGCCCCGCCCCUCCCUGCUGGUCGGAGGUACCCGGGCCGUGUAGUUGAUGUUUCAACAGGAAGGCAACGGAGCCGUGCUGGGUGUGCUGAGGGAGGGCAGCAUGUCCCGAUAUUCGGACUGGUUAUAUGGAGGGGUGGACCCCAGCCUGGCCGGCAAUGGGGGGCCCGAGUGUGCGUCCUUCUUACCGAGCACGCAGCGACUUGUGGAGAGCCUGGUGUGGCUCAUUGUGUCCGCGGGGGAGAUCGGGCUUUCCCUCAGCAGGAUUGUCCGCAACAAGAACGGGGAAGGCGGGCUACCCGCUGUGUGCGGCCGGCCGGACAGUCUGGGGAAGAACCUGUUGUUGGUGGCGCUCUGCCUCACCUUUGGGGUGGAGGUCGGCUUUAAGUUCGCCACCAGGACUGUCAUUUACUUGUUAAAUCCCUGUCAUGUGGUCACCAUGCUACAGAUAUUUCUUCUGGCCUGUCCACCAUGUAAAGUUGCCACAAUAGUAUUCAGGUUACAGAUGCAUAUGUUGAAUGGAGCUCUUCUUGCAUUGCUCUUUCCAGUGCUGAAUACGCGAAUGCUGCCAUUUGAAGUGGAGGUGUAUUACAUUCAACACAUCCUUCUCUACAUAGUGCCCAUCUACCUGAUGCGGAAAGGAGGUGUGUAUACACCAGAGCCACUCUGUAACUUCUGGUGGGCAAUUCUGGCAACUGGACUCAUGUUUUUCUACCACUUCACCCUUCUCCAGAUACUAGGCUUGAUUACGGAAGUAAACCUAAACAACAUGUUGUGCCCAGCUGUGUCUGACCCCUUCUAUGGGCCCUGGUAUCGUAUGUGGGCAUCAGGACACCAAACCAUCAUGACCAUGAUCCAUGGGAAGUUGAUUGUUGCUUUUUUCUCCUCUGGCUCACCUCGCUUUAAGUUCUUCUUGGAGCGGUUUCCUUUUUCAGGAAAGAAAGUGGAUUAAUAUGCCACUACAGGAGUGGCCCAGCUUCAACAUUUUUCUCAGCCAAAACUCGUAAACAACUGGCAUACAUAAGUUUAAAAGGGCUACCAACCCUUUCAUUAUUAUCCAGUGUUAAGAACUUCCAGGUGCCUAAACAAGUGACCUUACAGAAGGGGCCAGGGUGUCGAAUAUGCUUUUCACUAGUAACUAUUUCUAACAAUUGUGCUGCACUAUGAGCCGAACUGUAUGCUAGGCAGCAUUGGGUGAACAUUUUAUGAGGGCUAAGGUGGCCGCCCAUCUUUGCACAGGGAUCCUUCUGACCUGGUUUCUAGUUUGGGAGUGCAGUCUGUUACAAGAACUGAUGCUUUUUAUUUAUAAUUAUUAAUGGGGAGUUCAAAACAACCCAUAGCGAGUCACUUUUGUCUGUCUUCACUGUGGGCCUGCAGUGUUAAAUCUAUUGUAUAUUUUACUGUGAUUUGAUUUUAAAGGUCUUCUGAAAUGAGUAAUGUGCUAAGGGAUCUAUUUUCCUUACAUUUUAAAGGCAUACGCACACUUGGAACUUCUAUUCAAAGUAUGUUGCUGUUGGACAAAUCUCUGGAUCUGUGCGUAUCACUUACAAUGGGGCAAAUUGAGACUGACUUCAGAAAACAAAAUGGUCCCAAUUGUCCUCUGUGACUAACUUGGGUAUUUCUUCUAUUGUUUGCUAGUACUAGAAAAUGGUUCCUAGAAACUGGCUGUUUGCUCUUUUUAUUUUCUUCCAUGUAUCCUAAAACGCCUACAUAUUUUUCAUUUUAAUAUUUACCUGCAUUAUUCUAUUUUACUUUGUGCCUCCUUGUCAAAUGUAAUUCUUAUAGGACAUUGCCAUAGUUCUAUCUAACCCCAGUUACAGAAUGUUUUCUGCCAGGAUGUGCCAUCACUAUCACCAAUUCUUUAUACUGUGGUGUUGGUUCUAUAUUCUAAGGUAAAUGCGUGGGUAUUGUAAAGAAGAUGAAUGCGUUUUCAUGGAAAGCUUAUUGUAUUUGAUGCUGUUAGGAGCUUUCUUAAAGGGGAGCUCAUCAGUGAAUGCCAUGUAGAAGACAGGCAGAGGACAAGGGACCAGUCAUGAGUAUAACCUGUGUUUUCCCUGCAGCUGAUCUUCCCCAUUACUGAUAUAAUGGGAGAAAGAUCAGGAAAUGUUAUGUCAUGUUAAUGUUAAAUUUUAAGUGAAUCUGUCACAAAAAAAGGGAACUGCUAUUAGGAAUAUCAUACAGACAUUCACAUCUGCUGACACUGAAUGGCAGCGAGGGGCGUAGGGCACAAGAAGAAAUGUUGGGUUAAAGGCGCUGCACUUUAUUUUCACAUUUUUUUUUUCCUUUGUUGUGCUGGCAGCCACCACAUACAUUACACAUUGGAGGAGAGCAGUAUAUUUGAAAUAUUUUUUGUAAGCUUUAUUAAGGCAAGGACAUGUUUGAGCUUUGCCCAAUCAGAAUCGCUAGUAUUUGACUCAAUUGUGAUGCUCUGUCUGCAGUACAUUAAAACUAAACUUCAGGAUCCUGACCACCUAGUAUUUGUAAAUCACUGUGCUGCUCAAUUUAACUGGUGCUGUGCCGAUCGUACCAGUCCUCGGGACACCCCUGCCCUUUUGAAAAGUACUUCUGGGAGGAAAUGCAACCGUGAUGCUCAGUUGCACAUACAGGAAAACAGGAUAAAAGAAAAUGGACAAUAGGAAGCAAUGGAUGAUCAUCCUCCCCCUUUUUUUUUUUUU